AUGGCGACAAGCAUGGCAACCGCUGCAGAUGCUCGGGAUCCACGCCUUAGCAAGGAGGCCCAUGCGACACAACAGCCUACAGACGUGCAGAUCGAGCAGUCCAUCUUGCAUGCCGACUAUGGCCACGACCCGAAUGUCUCCUUCGAAGAGUAUCUGUACUAUGCCAACUGGACCCGCGACUACGAAAAGACUCUCUCCACAAAAGGCCGUGGCAUGAGCUCGCUGCUGUCCGUGCUCAGCGGCAAGAAGCAGCAGGCCGUGGUCUCGGGCGUCCCAGAGCCCGUCACGGCCCCUUCUAUCGAGGCGCGGGCCAACGAUACUAGCAAGAAACCCGAUGACGCCCCAACAGACACGUUCGGCAUCAUUUCCGACUACGAGUGGCAUCAUGCCUCCCGCGCGGCUCGCACUGCAACCUGGGGUGCUGUGUUCUACCUCAUCACUACCGACAUAUUGGGACCGUUCUCCGUCCCAUGGGCCUUUACCCAGCUCGGUUACGGCCCGGGAAUCUCCCUUUAUUUUGUCUUCGCUGCCAUGGCGGGAUUCUCCGGGGUCCUCCUCUGGUGGCAAUUUCUCGGUCUUGAUUCAGACAAGUAUCCCGUCAAGGGCUACGGCGACCUGGGUUUCCGCAUCUAUGGCAACUGGUUCCGCUACAUCAUCAACAUCUUGCAGAGCGGCCAAUUCUUCUUGGGAGUCACGCUUCUGAUCGUCGCAAAUGGGCAGAGCUUGUCUCAGUUGUCCCAGGGGCCAAAGGGCUCAAAAGCUUUCUGCUUCACGGCAUGCUUGAUCAUCUUUACCGUGGCUGGCUUCAUCGUGGGUCAGAUCCGGACGAUGCAGAAGUUCGGUUACAUCGCCAACAUCUCUGUCUGGCUGAACGUCUUUGUCAUCCUCAUGACCAUGGGCAUCGUUGCCAACAGCGACCCGAACUACGAAGCCGUGUACGCAAGCUACCAGAUCCCAAAGGGCCCCAUCAAGACCAGCGCAGGCGCUCCGUCAGACCUCACCUUCAUCGACAACAUCAACGGCCUGAUGCAAGCCGUGUACUCCUAUGGCGGAGCGACAAUGUUCUGCGAGUUGAUGGCCGAGAUGCGCAGGCCGUGGGACUUCUGGAAGGGCCUGAUCGUGGCCGACACCUUCAUCUUCCUCUGCUACAUCGUCUUCGGCCUCGUCGUCUACAGCGAGCAGGGCCAAUUCGCCUUCAACCCGGCCUACCAGGGCAUCAACCCCUACGCCUGGCAGACGGUCGGCAACGUCUUCGGCCUCAUCACGGGGCUCAUCGCCGCCUGCCUCUACGGCAACAUCGGCAUCAAGGUCCUGUACGCCAACGUCGGCCGCUCCGUCCUGCGCCUCCCCGCCCUCGAGUCCCGCGUCGGCAAGUGCGUCUUCGUCGCCACCGUGCCCGUCUACUGGGGCGCGGCUUUCAUCAUCGCCGCCGCCGUGCCGCAGAUCUCGAACCUCUCCGCCUUCGUCGGCGCCGCCAUGAUCUUGCAGUUCUCGUACACGUUCCCGCCCGUGCUGGCUGUCGGGUUCAAUUGCUUGAGAGACGCUGUCGGCCCCGGGGAGGGCUUCGACCCGGCGACGGGCCGUGUGGUGCGCCGUGAUGAGGGGCUGAGGAGGUGGGUGCGCGGGUACAGGAAGCGGUUCUUGGUCAACUCGUUUAAUGUCGUAUACUUCCUUGGUGCGGCCACGACGGCGGUGCUGGGUAUCUACGCGAGCGUCUAUUCGAUGCAUCGGCAGUAUGCGCAUGCGAACAUCAAGCCCUUCUCGUGCGAUUCGCCAACGGGAUGA